AUGCAAGCCUCGCAGAAAGUAUUUUUGGACCACGCUUUGGAAUGUCAGGCCUUAAAGUUCGGCAGCUUCACUUUGAAGUCCGGACGUCAAUCGCCAUAUUUUUUCAACAUGGGCUUGUUCAACACAGGAAAACUGUUGGCCACUUUGGCUGCUGCUUACGCCCAGGCGAUCAUUGAAUCUGGAAUCAAGUUUGAUAUUCUUUUCGGUCCAGCUUACAAAGGCAUUCCUUUGGCUGCUGUCACCGUGGCCAAGUUGGCUGAAUUGGACCCAGAGAACUACGGUGACCUUGGCUACUCUUUCAACAGAAAGGAGAAGAAAGACCACGGCGAAGGCGGCUCCAUUGUGGGCUGUGCUUUGGAAGGAAAGAAGAUUUUGAUUAUAGACGAUGUUAUGACCGCAGGAACAGCCAUCAACGAAGCCUUUGAAAUUAUUUCCGCUGAAAAAGGAACUGUGGUGGGUUGUGUCAUUGCCUUGGACAGACAGGAAACUACUGCAGACUCCAACCAGUCUGCAACUCAAGCAGUCAGUGCCAGAUACGGCAUUCCUGUGUUCUCGAUUGUUUCGCUUACAGAUAUCGUCAACCACUUGAAGGAGAAAUUGACGCCAGAAAAAUUGGCGGCCAUCAACGAGUACAGAACCAAGUACUCCCCUCUGCUGUAA